AGGUACCUACCGUAGCUUAGCAGAUUUGCGCCACACACCUGGGGCGCACUCAAUCUGUCCAAAUCUUAUCUACCUGCAUCUAUGUAGUUCUCCCCGAUCAACCAAAGCCAUCGUCAUCCUGUCUCCCUCCCAUCUUACUCUACACCUCGUCCUUGAUACUCUUCCUUCCAAUGUCACGUAUCUUUUCUGACUUCCCUAUGACCGCCCGCUCGACGUAACGACCGUCUUACCGUCGCACCGUGGCACCGCUGUUCCGACACUCCGCCGCAAGACCCGUCGCACAUCGUUUACAUCAUGGCUCCCCUCGUCGACAACCCUCAGAUCAAGAGCGCCGAGCUGUUGUCGCCGCUUCCCCUCUAUUUCCACGCCUAUGUCUGGCCUUUCGCCGUAAUAUGGCCCGUCUUCGCCCGCUACUACUACACCCCCGAACUCUACCACAAAUACAUCUCCGCCUCGGAAUGGACUUUUGUCUGGUGUGGCACUAUCAUAACCCUGCAGUCUCUCGUGUGGUUGAGCACCAAUUGGAGCGUCGAUCUCAAGGCCACCUUCACUGCAACUAAGGCCAAGAAGCUUGAAGAUGCUCAGCUCAUAAAGAUCAUCCCCAUCGCCAACGCUGGCUCUGCUGAGAUUUGCACCAUUUCUCGCGACAAGAUCAAUGAUAAGACAAAUCUGUCCUUUCUCUUUCAAAAGCGCCGCUUUCUCUACGACCCCGUCAAGCAAACCUUCAGCCCUCUGACCUACGAGAUCGAUGCUGAACCAAAACCCCACAUCGGCAAGUUCCAGAGUUGCCGAGGUAUCACUACACAGGCAGAACUCUCGAGACUUGAGCAAUACUAUGGGAGCAAUACCUUCGACAUUCCCGUCCCCACGUUCACUGAACUUUUCAAAGAACAUGCAGUCGCCCCCUUCUUCGUCUUUCAGGUCUUCUGUGUUGGCCUGUGGAUGUUAGACGAGUAUUGGUAUUACUCUCUCUUCACGCUCUUCAUGCUCGUCAUGUUCGAAAGCACCGUUGUAUGGCAACGCCAAAGAACCCUCACCGAGUUCCGUGGCAUGAGCAUCAAGCCUUACGACAUGUGGGUAUACAGACUGGGCAAGUGGACUGAGAUACAGAGCGACAAGCUGGUGCCUGGGGACCUUGUCUCCGUCAACCGCACAAAAGAAGACAGUGGCGUCGCAUGUGAUAUGCUCCUAGUCGAAGGCACUGCUAUUGUCAACGAGGCUAUGUUGUCCGGCGAAAGUACCCCGCUACUGAAGGACUCAAUUCAACUACGGCCUAGCGAUGCACCUAUCGACAGUGAGGGGCUGGACAAAAACGCCUUUCUGUGGGGAGGCACCAAGGUUCUGCAGGUAACGCAUGGGAAUCCCGACGAGGAGAAACCAAAGCUCGCCUCCGGCGUUCCACUUCCACCCGAUAACGGUGUCAUGGCUGUCAUUAUGAAGACUGGCUUUGAGACUUCUCAGGGUAGUCUUGUACGUACCAUGAUCUACUCUACUGAGCGAGUGUCGGCGAACAAUAGCGAGGCUCUGCUUUUCAUCCUGUUCCUGUUGGUCUUCGCCCUAGCCGCCUCCUGGUAUGUGUGGGACGAAGGCGUUAAGAAAGACCGCAAACGAUCAAAACUACUUCUCGACUGUAUCUUGAUAGUAACCAGUGUUGUCCCGCCUGAACUGCCCAUGGAGUUGAGUCUUGCCGUCAACACGAGUCUUGCCGCCCUUGCCAAGUAUGCAAUUUUCUGCACUGAGCCUUUCCGCAUUCCCUUCGCUGGCCGUAUCGACAUCGCUUGCUUCGAUAAAACUGGUACUUUAACUGGUGAAGAUCUAGUCGUCGAAGGCAUUGCCGGCUUAGGACUUGGCCAUGAUGGUACCAACACGCCGCAAGAAGCCAACGGUGCUCACAGUCAUAUGACUCCCGUUAAGGAAGCCGGCAUGGAAACAACUCUCGUUCUUGCCACCGCUCAUGCUCUUGUGAAGCUCGAGGAGGGCGAUAUCGUAGGUGACCCUAUGGAAAAGGCGACAUUGACUGCUCUCGGAUGGGGUCUUGGCAAGAAUGACAUUCUUGCUGCAAAGACGGCUGCUGGUGUUCAGACUACGAUUGGAACUGUUCAAAUCAAACGCCGCUUCCAGUUCUCCUCUGCCUUAAAACGUCAAAGCUCCGUGGCCACGGUCAAUGCUGCAGACCCUACAACCGGCCAGAAAAUGCGUGGUACCUUUGUCGGUGUUAAGGGAGCACCGGAGACUAUUAUGAAGAUGUUGGUAACUGUCCCGGAAGACUAUGAAGAGACAUACAAAUACUUUACUCGACGAGGUUCUCGUGUCCUUGCGCUCGCCUAUAAGCAAUUGACUGUUGACAGCGAGUUGGGCUCUGGGAAGAUCAACGACCUGAAACGAGAGAAAGUUGAGGCUGAACUGACCUUUGCCGGAUUCCUGGUUCUCCAGUGCCCUCUGAAAGACGAUGCAAAGAAGGCCGUUCAGAUGUUGAACGAGAGUAGCCAUCGAGUGGUUAUGAUUACUGGAGACAACCCACUCACGGCUGUGCAUGUCGCACGUGAGGUUGAGAUUGUGGACCGAGAUGUAUUAAUACUGGACGCUCCCGAGAAAAAUGACGGUGGCCAACGACUUGUCUGGCGUAGUGUUGACGACCAGAUCAAUAUUGAGGUCGAUGCAUCCAAGCGAAUCGACCCUAAGAUUCUCGAAUCAAAGGAUAUCUGCGUUACAGGAUAUGCGCUGGCACAAUUCAAGGACAAUAGUGCUGCCUGGAAAGCUCUGCUCCGUCACACGUGGGUGUACGCGCGUGUUUCCCCCAAGCAAAAGGAAGAAAUCCUUCUUGGCCUGAAAGAUAUGGGUUACUACACUCUCAUGGCUGGAGACGGCACCAAUGAUGUUGGUGCCUUGAAACAAGCCCAUAUCGGUGUCGCCUUGCUCAACGGAACGGCAGAUGACCUGAACAGGAUCGCCGAACACUCACGCAAUACCAAGAUGAAGGAACUGUAUCAGAAACAAGUUGAUCUUAUGAAGCGUUUUAACCAACCUGCGCCUCCCGUACCCGUUCUGAUCGCCCAUCUUUACCCACCUGGUCCUUCCAAUCCUAACUACCAAAAAGCACUUGAACGAGAGGCGACGAAGAAGGGCAUUACGGUCCAGGAAUAUGCCAAACUGAACGGCAAUAGUCUCGAAGGUGUCGAUACUGCCGUUACUGUUCAACAGCCCGCUCAGGCCGACACUCAUUUGACUAGACAACAGCAAUCGAUGAACAAGGCAGCAGGAUUCGCCGACAAGAUGACUAGCGCCAUGAUGGAGCAAGAGAUGGGCGAGGAUGAGGCUCCAACACUCAAACUAGGUGAUGCCUCUGUUGCUGCACCUUUUACGAGCAAGCUUCGGAACGUUAUUGCCAUCCCCAACAUCAUUCGCCAAGGUCGUUGCACACUUGUUGCUACUAUACAGAUGUACAAAAUCCUGGCUCUCAACUGCCUUAUCAGUGCCUACAGUUUAAGUGUACUCUACCUGGAAGGUAUCAAGUUUGGCGAUGGUCAAAUCACAAUCAGCGGUAUGCUCAUGAGCGUCUGCUUCUUAUCCAUCUCUAGGGCCAAGUCUGUUGAGGGAUUGUCAAAAGAACGACCACAGCCGAAUAUCUUCAACUUCUACAUCAUUGGUUCCAUCCUUGGUCAAUUCGCUGUCCAUAUUGUCACCCUCAUUUACAUUGCUCGCUUCUGUGACCGACUUGAGCCACGCUCCGAAAUGAUUGACCUGGAAGCAGAAUUCCAGCCUUCGCUGCUGAACAGCGCCGUCUACCUAUUGCAACUCAUUCAACAGAUCUCGACUUUUGCCGUCAACUACCAGGGCAGACCUUUCCGAGAGGCUCUUUCUGAGAAUAAGGGCAUGUUCUAUGGUAUCAUUGGCGUGACAGCCAUUGCAUUUUCUUGCUCAACCGAGUUCAUCCCCGAGAUCAAUGAGCAGAUGAAGCUAGUCAAGUUUACCGAUGAAUUCAAGAUGACAAUGACGGCUGUCAUGAUUCUCGACUAUGUGGGCUGCUGGGUAAUUGAAGUGGUACUCAAGCGGUUAUUCAGCGAUUACCGUCCACGUGAUAUUGCUGAUAGACGACCUGACCAGCUGCAACGUGAGCAGGCACGUAAAGCAGUCGAGCAAGCGCUGAAAGACGCCGAAGAAGAAAAAAAGCGGCAGGCUCAGGUAGAGGAGUUUGAGAGGAAAGUCGAGGAACGAAAACGGAAAAUUCAAGAAUGGGCAGGGGGUAACCGGUAAAUGUGGCACAUAAUCACAAGGUAUGUCGCUCCUCUAGGGUACGUUUAUCUGUGAGCAGGAGCCAAUGGUAUUGGACUGUAACAUAGACGUGUAUAAUCUAGAUUUAGAGUGCCUGCAUUUAGAUUAGAAAGGAUCGGGCUGUCAGCUGUCAACAAAGGUAAUGUGCUUCGCCGGGGCAUGCGUUGAUGUGUCCGGUGAGGUUUGAAUAUAUAUAGACGAAUGUCACAAUUCAAGUCAACACAGGGCGCUUCGCUUUCAGGUUUACAGGAUACACACUGAACGACGCUUAUCUUGAAUAACGAGACUGACCAGGUUGGAUUAUGUG